AUGAAAGUAACCGGUGGUGCCGGGACACCGCAGGCACACACGCGCAUGGCUGAGCCGCGGAGGUCCGGUGCCGUGCGGUGCUGGUGCUCGCGAGCCAGGUGCCAGGAGAACGGACCCGAAACGGACCAGGAGAGAGAGCGGCUCUGGACUGAGAUCUUCGACCAGCUCGACACCAAUAAAGACGGACGGGUCGACAUUAAUGAGCUCAGGGCGGGGCUGGCGGCCCGGGGGCUUCUCUCACGCACAUCGGCGGAGGAGCAGAUUGUGAGAGAAGGAGACACUAAUCAGGAUGGACAGUUGGACUUUGAGGAGUUCACACAGUACCUGCGCACUCACGAGAAGCGUCUUCGCCUCAUGUUCAGUAGCCUGGACCGCAAUAACGAUGGUGAGAUUGAUGCUGGAGAGAUCCAGCUCUCGUUACACAAUGUGGGAGUGGAAGUUACCCUAGCUGAGGCAAACAAGAUCCUGCAGAGCAUGGACAAGGACGGCACAAUGACCAUCGACUGGGUGGAGUGGCGUGACCAUUUCCUGUUUAACCCUCUGCACAGCGUGGAGGACAUUGCCCUCUACUGGAAACGCUCUCUGAUCCUGGACAUCGGGGAGCUCCUGACUGUUCCUGAUGAGUUCUCAGAGAAGGAGAAGAAGUCAGGGUUUGUGUGGAGGCAGCUGAUGGCAGGUGCCAUGGCGGGAACCGUCUCCAGGACCGGCACGGCUCCUCUCGACCGACUCAAAGUCUUCAUGCAGGUUCACGGUCAGAGCUUAGAUAAGGGCAGUGUGUGGAAAGGGCUGAAGAGGAUGGUGAAGGAAGGAGGGGUACAAGCCCUGUGGAGAGGAAAUGGGAUCAACGUGCUGAAAAUCGCCCCGGAAACGGCCAUCAAAUUCUUUGCUUAUGAACAGAUAAAGCAGCUGAUUCACGGCAGUAAAGACGGAGGAAGUCUGAAGGUUCAGGAGAGAUUCGUCGCUGGAUCCUUAGCAGGAGCCACGGCACAGACAAUCAUUUACCCCAUGGAGGUGCUGAAGACGCGUCUGACGCUGCGUAUGACGGGACAGUACUCGGGCGUGAUCGACUGCGCUUGGCAGAUCUUGCAGAAGGAGGGCGUGUGGGCGUUUUAUAAAGGCUACAUACCUAACCUACUGGGCAUCAUUCCGUACGCCGGCAUUGACCUGGCCGUCUACGAGACCCUGAAAAACAUAUGGUUACAGAGACAGAGCUCCAGCUCUGUUGAUCCCGGUGUGCAUGUUCUGGUUGGAUGUGGCACAGUUUCCAGCACAUGUGGUCAGCUGGCAUCGUAUCCGCUCGCGCUGGUCCGAACCCGCAUGCAGGCACAAGCAACGGUGAAAGGUGGCCCUCAGCUCUCCAUGCUCUCUCUGUUCCGUAGCAUCAUGGCUCAGGAGGGUGUGGUGGGACUGUACCGUGGCAUCGCACCCAACUUCCUCAAGGUCAUUCCAGCUGUCAGCAUCUCCUACGUGGUGUACGAACACAUGAGGAAAGUACUGGGAGUGGGAAAGUGAGAGAGGGAGACAGACAGAGAGAGAGAGAGAGAGAGAGACUUUGACUGAUGAACUGUCUUGAAGUCAUGGAGAACAGACUGAAUAAGAAGUGAGAAAGCUAGUAGGGAAAAGCUAGUUAAUGCACUCCAUGAUGGAGAGCUGAAUUGACCAAAGAGUGGAUUUGCUCCUAAAGGCAGAGGUUGGAACUCAAGUUUUACAUUCAGACUGAAAAUCAACAGGGCUCCAGUACAGUCGUUUAAAAUAAAGAAAUAAAAUAAGUUUAUAUUACAUUCAAAAAUAUGCAACAACAACAAAAAAAACAACAACCUUGUGACAGCUGACAUCAACUGUUUACAAACUAUUAGCAAAACUUUAACCUGUACAACUUUGUGACGUUGUUAUUCUCCAUUUCCUGGCUGUUUAUUUGUGCUGUUGAUCAACAGGGUCCUCACAUUCAGACUCACAGGCUGUCCUCUUCAGGAGGUGAAAUGAACCCUAACGUGUGUGUUAAUGCUUAGAAAUGUGUCUGUGUGUGUGUGUGUGUGUGUGUGUGUGUGUGUGUGUGUGUGCGCACGCACAAGAUAUACAUACAGUACCGUGUUCCCCAGACUAUAAAACCCGAAGCAUCUGAUAUGAAUCAUACACGCUAUCUUGCAUUUUUUUGCAAGCAUAAAGGGAAUUUUCGAAAACCUACAGGAAGGUGAAACAUCUUCAGCAGGUUUAGAACGCUGAGGAUGGAACUGACCGACAGAUUAUAGGUUUAUAGUCUGGAAAAUAUGGCAUAAACGAGCAUGUGCUUCAUUAUUAAUACAAGUUACAUGUAAGUGAGCAUGUGUUAUAUUUUAUAACAUAUAAGAACCCGGAUCUAUUUUCUUAACUGUGGAGUGAAGGAGUGAGAAUGAAACAAUGGAAAAGUGUGUUGUUGUUGUUUGUUUACUUCACUUACACCACCAUACUUACUGCUCGGAUAGUUAAAAUCCUGACAGAUUUAAUCUUUAAGGCCAGCAGACACAGUUUUACUUUAUAAAAAAUAAAGCAUACACACAUUUUUCUUUUAAUGUAUAUGGAUUCGUUGCAGUUCCACCAGCUCACCACUAGGGGGGAGUGUUUAUUGCUGCAUUACGGGCUGUGUGCAAAUCCUGAUACGACGAUAGAGAGUCAUCUAGCGGUGAUCUGGUGGAACUGCAUCGGGUCAAUUCUAAUGGAUAAUAAAAUUAAUAACAUGGAAUUAAUUUAAUUUAACCAAAGGUUAAAAGUGUGUGAUUUCUGUUGUAAAUUUGCUUCCUACAUUUGCUUAUUGUAUGCUAAAUUACAAUAAAUUAAUGUCCCUGUUUUUUGUUUUUUUUUAGAGGAUCACAGUGACUCCUUAUGUGGGUCCUUAUCAUUUUUAAUAGUUUUAAUUUAAUAUUAUUUUAAUAUAUCCAAGUGUUACAUGUUACAUGGACUUAUUUGUCACAAACCCUAAUUAAUAUAGAUAUUUUGGCAGGUAUUAAAGUGGGAAGUUUGUGUCUAUUUUGUAGAUUUGGUUUGUCGUAACAGCAAAUUAGGCACUUUCAGUCAAAUUAAACCUGAUUGUUGGGAUUUAAACUCAUAACCAAGCAGUUAAAAGCCCAGAUGUUUUGAUGGAUCAAGAUGUUUUUAGCUCUUGAGAUCUAAACCAAAGCUGUCAGAUCAAACUGUCGAGAUGAUGAGUUCUGGACUGUUUAUAAGUAUCACGCUCCUGAAUGCUGUUGUAUCGUUAGCCAUCACUGCUACAAGUGUGUUUGAUUUUGGACCCGGCGCAGGUCUGAUUACAGCUGCGAUCAUGAGCUCUGUCUCAGAAGACACGAACAUCACACCGAUAAGCGUAAAAGAGAUCAGUGACACUUUCAGAGACGAGCAAAGUUUCUGUAAAACACCUAAACGGAACGUUUACAGCCGCCACAUAUUAAAUUAUAUAAGCAACAACCAUCCAAACCUUUUUCUCAGACAUCAUGACUAGAAACGUCUAAACCUCUUAAUGGACAGUUCUCAGCUGUUUGGUUCUUUUUUUUUAUUUAUUUUUUAUUUAAUGAUUCUGGCUUCCUAAAGAGGUUCUAUUGGUACCUUGGCUGAAAGGGAAACCAAAUGAAAACAGGCUUCUUCAAGGGUUCUUUAAAUAACGAAGGGUUCUGCUGGAAACCCUGUAUGAUAGAGACAAACGGUGCUGAAGGCUUCUACACUGGGCUUGGGUUUGACUUUUGGAUUGUGGAGGAAUCUUUAAAAGUUCUUUGUGGAACCUUGGUCCUGCUUGGUCCUGCAAAUCCUUUGAUGAAACAGCACAAUUUUACUGAUGAGCUGAAACAAGCUGCAGCGACGUGAUGGUUUUGUUGAUCUGGCUGAACGUUUUGGCUGAAUCUUGGUGACACUUUGUAGUUUAUAUCAAGUUUUGAAUGUAAGUAAUAUUUCCAGGAUGUUUUGUAGUUGAACACGUGUUUAAGAUUUUGUCAUUUAUUAAAGUUAUAUUAUAUUAUAUGA